AUGUCAUCCUCCGCAGCACCGAGCCUCGCCCACCGAUCCAUUGCCAACAUCCGAACCGAGACGGGUUCUGGCAUCAGCGGCGGCCCUGCAAGUCCACACACCCCUUCUCGCAACAUCUCUUCAACAUUUGGCUCCCCGUCCAGUCUACGCGCCGAGGAAGACAUCAUCGUCAUAGAGCUGGGCUCUCGCUUCAUUAAACUCGGGUUCGCCGGAGAGCCAGCACCGAAGGCCGUGCUAUCCCUAGGUCCUGAACAACUACGCCGCGUAGGCGACUUCCGCACGUGGGACCCAGAUCACAAGGAUGAUUGGCGUCGUCGUCCAACGGGCAAGACUUGGGGAGACGACCAUGAGCUAUGGCAAUAUGAUGCACCGAUUGUAUCUUUGAUGUCAUCUGCAGUCACGUCGGUUGUGGGAGCUGGCACUCGGUCAGCACUGGUCGUGGAUCUUGGCUGGGCUGAGACCAGUGUGACGAGCGUCUACGAAUACCGCGAGAUCCGCACCACAAGAACUACCCGCGCAGGCAAGAUGCUGGUCAACGAGACACACAAUAUGUUGCAAGAUGCACUAUCGACUUCAUCAGCGCACUCGCAGAAGACCCGUCGGGAAAGGGAACAAGGGCGGCACUCUCUGAGUUUUGUGGAGUGCGAAGAAGUCGCCUGUCGCCUUGUCUGGUGUCGCCAAGUCAAGCGUGGCGAUCUCCCAAGUAUCAGGCGGCCGGAGCAACAGCAACCUGGAGGAGAGGCAUUGCCUACGGUCGAGGAGCAGGACGAAUCCCCGCCAACUUCUCCCAUCGAAGAAGAGCGGUCUGACAGCAAUGUCGAGGUUUUGAUCCAUUCCGUGGAACCAGCGGAGAACCUGACUUUACCAUUCCAACAACUGUCCGAGCCGUGCGAAAGCACCUACUUUGCGCCACACUACUCACGUAGUAGCUUCGAUGAUGACGAGCUCCCUAUUCAUCACCUUAUUUACCAACACCUAGUCCAGCUUCCGAUUGAUGCUCGAGCAGUGUGCAUGUCGCGCAUUGUAUUCAUUGGCGGCUGUUCUAGAGUCAUAGGCUUGAAGCGGAGGAUAUUCGACGAGCUGUCGAAACUCGUCCACGAGCGUGGUUGGGACCCCGUUCAGGGGCGUGCACCAAAGCAGUACGAGAACAAUGCGUUGCUGAAGAGAGGCAGCCGACGUGCAACCGAAGGUCCUACAGAGAUUGAGCCGCCCGCAAGGGAGACGGAAGAACGUAGAGUUACGGGCGAAGAUGAGCCUCGAAGCGCAGCGGAUGUCAUUGAGGACUCCUUGAGGAAGCGAGAUAGCCACCAUCCUAAAAUUCAAGGCACCCUUCGACCUCUGGGUUCUCUCGGGCCGUGGGGAGGAGCCAGCUUGGCAUGCCAGCUCAAAGUUAUGGCGAUGGCUAAUAUUGACCGCGAGCUGUGGCUGCAACAAGGAGUCAACGGGGCUUCACGGCCGAGUGAAGUUGACGUCAAGGCUCAGCAGCGGCAGAGCAUGGGACCGGGUGGACUGAUGCGAGGAGCUGGAGACGUCAAGCGGCCCUCGACCGCGCCAAAACCCAUCAUCGACAUCAGACAUAUCAGGGAGAACCCGGAACUACACGAGCAAAAUUGUCUCGAGCGCAACUACGUCCAACAGAGCAAGAGCCCCGCCCGCAUCAAUGAAAUUUUUGCGCAAUGGCAGGCCCUGCAAAAGGACAGCCGCGCCGUUCGCGAGAGGUCGAACCUGUUGCGCCGCCAGAUCGCCAACCCGGCAUCCACCAGCGGCGACGACAAUGCCGAAUUUAACGAGAUCCGGAGCAAGACCCGCGACGAGCUGCUGGACGAGGCCCGCGUGCUCAAGCAGAAGCUCGCGGCCGUGGAGCAGGACGAGGCCAAGCUCGUCGAGGAGAUGGAAGGGCUCGCCCUCGCCAUCCCCAACCUCACCAGCGACGUCACCCCCGUCGGCGACGAGCCGCGGCUUUUGAGUUACAUCAACGAGCACCCCCACGAGACGCCCAGCGCCUCGGACAAGGUGUGGCGGUCCCACGCCCACAUCGGCUCGGAGCUGGGCCUCCUCGACUUCGCCGGCGCGGGCACCGUCUCGGGAUGGGGCUGGUACUACCUCCUCGACGAGGCCGCGCAGCUGGAGCAGGCCCUCGUGCAGUACGCCCUCGCCGUCGCCACGCGGCACGGCUGGCGCCAGGUCGCACCGCCCAGCGUCGUCUACAGCCACGUUGCCGCCGCCUGCGGCUUCCAGCCGCGCGACCAAAACGGCGAGCAGCAGAUCUACAGCCUCGCGCAGUCCGCCGCCGACGCCGAGCGCGGCAAGCCAGAGCUCUCCCUCGCCGGCACGUCAGAGAUCCCGCUGGCCGGCAUGAAGGCCGAGACUACCCUCGACGCCACGGAGCUGCCCGCGAAACGCGUUGCCGUCUCCCGGUGCUACCGCGCCGAGGCCGGCGCGCGCGGCGCGAGCACAAAGGGCCUCUACCGCGUCCACGAGUUUACCAAGGUCGAAAUGUUCGCCUGGACCGCGCCCGACGCCGACGAGACGGUCGACGUCUUUGAGGAGAUGCUCGACAUCCAGACCGAGAUCCUCGGGUCCCUGGGCUUGCACUGCCGCGUCCUCGAGAUGCCGACCGCCGACCUCGGCGCCUCCGCCGUACGCAAGUGCGACAUUGAGGCCUUCUUCCCGUCUCGCCAGGAGCAGAACGAUGGCUGGGGCGAGGUCACGUCCGCCAGCAUCUGCACCGACUACCAGACGCGCAGGCUCGCCACGCGGGCAAAGAUUGACGGCAAGCUCACCUUCCCCUGGACCGUCAACGGCACGGCUCUCGCCGUCCCGAGAGUGCUGGCUGCGCUCCUGGAGGCCGGAUGGAACGAGCAGGAAAUGUCCGUCUCCAUUCCGGCUUGCCUGCAGCCGUGGAUGGAAGGAAAGGAAAAGAUUGUUCGGAAGACUAUCUCAUAG